AUGCCACAGUCAUCAAUAUCAAAUAAAUUAAACUCUAAUGAUAAUCAAUUAUACUCAAAAAUUAUUGAAUAUCCUUAUCUUAUUUUGCUUAAUCUUGGAUUUGUUCAUCAUGAUUAUAACGAUCAAUUUCUUAAUGAUAAAAAAGCACAUCUACCUCGUUUAACGAAAUCAACAGUUAAUUACUAUAAAUUAAUAACUGUCACGAAAAAUUUUACAAGCGAUGGAAUACGAGUGAAUUGUAUGAAAGUGAAACAAUUAAAUAUAAAUCCUAAAAUACGUAUAUUUUCAGAAGAUUUCUAUGUUUAUUUUCUUUCGUUAUAA